AUGGCACAUUUUGCACUUUUGCAGAGCGAGAGAAAGUUAAUAAAGACGUCCGCCCAACAGGAAGUAUGGUGCCCGCAGCGGGGCCUGGCGCGCGGACCCUGGAUCAGGGGCGCGCCCCUGCCCCUGCCCGUCUGGGCCCAUUACGAGUCGCCGACCCUGACCUGUGAUACGGUCGAACAGUACGAGGAACUAGCCAGCAGCGUUGAGCUUGAGACUCAGCGUCUGCUGCGCGAGCUGCGCUACGACACGUGCGACAAUGUCUUGAGACUCUAUCGAGACUUCAAGGAGAAUGGGGAGCCCAGCAACCUGGAGCACUACUACCGCAAGUACCAGCCGCGCAUAGUCGCCGAGCGGCACACGUGCGUCGGCCUCGGCUUCGAGCUGCUGCGCCGCGUGCAGUGCCUCGACCAGCGCUUCCCCGGCUUGGCCGAGGCCCUCUACCUGGUCUCGUGCGAGGAGACGAUCGGCGACGUAGCCGGCUACGUGGGCGGCCCGCCCGCGGCCGACAGCGGCGAGAAGGAGCACAUCCUCGUCUGCCUCAAGAUCGAGAUCGCGGGCCGCCGCGGCGUCAUGCUGCUGGAUCCGGGCUACCACAUCGCCCGCGUCAUCACUGUGAUGCACGACAAGGCCUACCCCAAUACGGGCUGGUUCACGCAGACCGACGACCAGGACGGCAAGACCGAGUACCACUACACGUUGUGCUCGACCGACAACGACUACGUGGAGUGGCACGAGCGCAAGACCCGACGCAGCACAAGUGCCUUAAACAAUCCCAGCAACCAGGUGGCACUCAUCUACGUGGCCAGGCCCUACCUGACCGCCAUCGACGUCACCGAGCGCCGCAAUCUCGUCUACAAUUUUCGUAGCCUGCUCGCUCGCGACUUCAAGGGCCACCUCGUGGCUGGCAUUUACUUCAAAGUCACGUCGGAUCAGCCGCUCUUCAACAUCUUCCAUCAGACCAUACGCGGCAAGAAGCGGGCCAAGAUCUCCUUCAGCAAGUUUCAAGACUUGACCAAGAUUGAACUCGACAACGACGAGGCCGAGAUAAUCACGGAAUGCGCACGCCAGAUGAACAUUCCGCUACAGGAUUUCGAGGGAUUGUUAUCUGCGCUCGCCAAGAUGCUCCACGACUCCGCGUUCGUGAAGCAAUUGUUCGCCAUCAACGCUAAAAUCAACACCUUAGCCAAGGACAAUUAACAAAUGCCUAAUCAUCCUCAGCGAGAUGAUGGGUGCAAAGAGAACGCCAUUAAUCAUUACAUUUUCUUUGCUAGCUUUCCUCUUACUUUUAUUUUCUACUAUUUAUUACGUUUUUUGAUAUUCUUUUAUUGACUCGAUUGUUUAUUUAUUGUUAUUAUUGCUAUUUGUUUGAUUAAUAUUGUGGUGCAGGGAAACAUGUUAUUAAACUAAAUAUUACUUGAAGUUUUCGAACUCCGAGCCGAGUACUUUUGUUCACUAUUUUGAUUGUUUGCUAUUCAUUACAUGAAUAAUGAUAAUCUACGCUUUUUAUAGUGUUUUGAUAAUAGGCUUUUAGUUUUGACACGACUACUGUAUGGUUAUAUUUCUUUUACCGUGCUCCACAAUUUAAUGGGCUUAUCACAUUUUUUGACAAGAUUAAUAAAUCUGUAUAACUAUAUUUUGAUUGAAAAUAAACUUUCAAUUAGUACAAAAA